GAGAAAAAUGGGAGACACCGCUGCGCCUCCGAUAUCAAACGAUGAAAUUUUGAACAUUUGCAAGCCAAAAUCUCCUGAAACAAAGGAUUUUAUAAUGCAACAAACGAUGUACCGAAUAAAGGACCCCAAAAUAUCCAUACCAUUCUACACCGAAAUUCUUGGAAUGCAACUUUUAACGAAACUAGAUUUCCCCUCGAUGAAAUUUUCGUUAUACUUUUUGGGCUACGAGGACUCUGACAAUAUACCUGAAGGUUUAAGCAGCAAAGAUAGAGUUUCGUGGACUUUCAGUAGAAAAGCUACAAUUGAAUUAACUCAUAAUUGGGGAACUGAAAAUGAUCCUAACUAUAAACCCCACAAUGGAAAUCAAGAACCCAAAGGUUUCGGGCACAUCGGUGUUAUGGUUCCAGAUGUUUAUAAGGCUUGUGAAAGAUUUGAAAAAUUAGGCGUUAAUUUUGUGAAAAAACCCGACGAUGGGAAAAUGAAAGGCUUGGCUUUCAUCACUGAUCCUGAUGGUUAUUGGAUUGAAAUUUUUAACAAUGAAAAAGUCGCUGUUCUCGUAAAUUCCUAG